GCGGGAGGGGCGGAGUCAGCGUACUGCUGCAGCUGUCCAUGGUUGCGUAGUGGGAGCCAGAGAGGGUCCGGGUACGUGCGAGAUGCAACCAUAGUCACGCUACACUGUCUAAUAUUAUAACCUGCUGGGUUCGUUAGUUUUGCCGCGCAUCAGAGCCGACUGAAAGCUUGUGGACGUGAGACAUCAUGGCUGAGCAGCAGAGGCAGCGCUCUCUGUCCACCGCCGGUGAGUCCCUCUACCAUGUGUUGGGAGUUGACAAGUUGGCCACAACGGAUGACAUUAAAAGAUCUUACAGGAAACUGGCGUUGAAGUACCACCCUGACAAGAAUCCUGACAAUCCAGAGGCGUCUGAUAAGUUCAAAGAGAUAAACAAUGCCCAUGCAAUUCUGAAUGACCCCACAAAGCGUAAUAUUUAUGACAAAUAUGGUUCUCUGGGACUGUACGUGGCUGAGCAGUUUGGAGAGGAGAAUGUCAACACUUACUUUGUCCUUUCAAGCUGGUGGGCAAAGGCUCUGUUUGUGUUCUGCGGCCUGGCCACUGGCUGCUACUUCUGUUGCUGCCUGUGUUGCUGCUGUAACUGCUGCUGUGGAAGAUGUAAACCACGGCCUCGAGAGUGCCAGGACCAGGACUUCUAUGUGUCCCCCGAGGACCUGGAAGCUCAGCUGCAGUCUGACGAGAGAGUUGUUUCUCUUUGUCAAGCAGAGGCUGGCGGUGACCCUAUAAUGCUGCAACCAUCAGCCACAGAGACGACCCAGUUAACAUCGGAUGGGCACCACUCCUACCACACUGACACCGGCUUCAACUAACCUCCCGUUCCCGUCAAUCCUGGCCUGCGGUCCUGCCUGCUUCCCUGCUCCACCUCAGUGAGAUAAAAGAAAAGGGCAAUUCAUCUUUCCACCUCAGAAUGAGAGCUACGCAGAGGAGAGGGACUAGUAAGCAUGGCCCACAAGAGGAACUAAUGAAGUCACUUAAGUCCCUUACACCCCUCCCUGAUUGGUCCACAACUUCUUUCCCCCGGUACUAGAAGAAAAGAGAAGAAACUAAAUUGUUUCCGUUUUAUUUCUUAUUUUGUAUUUCUUGGCCUUUAACCACACAGGUCGCCUGCCCCACGUUCCCUCUCCCACCUUUUGCAUCAUGGUGUAGCAUGCACUGUUGAUAAAACAUGGUCUCCAGAUUUUCUUUUAUCUUUAGGAGCAUUUUUACUUUGCAAGAUUCAUAAUGUAGGUCCGUACGUAUGUGCAAUAUUUCCAAAUGAAUACAGUUGACAAAGAGCAGGAGGAGGGGGAGGAGGAGGAGGAGGAGGUGGGGGUGAAGUUUACCUGAUAAAGGAAAGGAGAGCCAUGGCUCAAGGAGAGAUGUGUUUGUUUGCUGAGGUGGUCAGUGCCAUUGUUAAACCUUCAAGAACAGAGCUGUCAUAUAUUAGUGCAAUUUUUACAUCUGGUUUGCAAGCAGUACUGUUUUAAUUGCGAAUGCCACCUGCCAUUGUCAGACUUACAGUACGUCUUUGGCACCGUGCUUGUCUUUCGUGUGCUCCCACUGAGUGUUUUUAAUGUGAAUCAUGAGGUUGUAAAGGCACAGAGCUUUAUUUGCAGACAAUAUCACGAAUGCCUGCUGAUGUAACAUUUCUACUCUAGUCAGUGUGAUUUAGUUUGGGUUUUUCUUUCCUCUGCCUCAGCUUUAUUUCAGUUCAUUCUUGCAGGAUGUAUAGACGACCCUCCUGCUUAUCCUGCAGCACCGAGCAGGUCGCCAUGGCAGUUAUCUUCAAGGUAACUUUCAUGUUGGUUCAUAAUUUCUUGUAUUAUGCAUCUGUUAUGGCAAGUGUCAAUCCAGGUGCAUCAAUAGCAUCAUGACUUUGUGUUAACUUAGUGCUCACAGUUUUAUUGUUGAUUUUUGUGUCAGCGGCAACAUUUUAUUUGUCAGAAGAGAUUGGCAUGGGAUGCCUAAGCCUUUAAAGGUAUCUCAAACAUAAUAUUGAUAGUUGACAUUUACUUCAAUUGUCUAGAUUUUCAUUUUAUUUUUUUACUUGUCCCAAGUUUGGUAAAGCGUCUGAGCUAUUGAAAUAAUACGUUACGUCUUUAGUUUGUUUGUUUAUACCAACUGCAAGAAUAAUUCAUUUUAGAGGUGUCGUAACUCAUUCAGACUGAAUUACGCUGAUGUUUUUGUUUACUUGUUGAUCUUGCGCUCUACGAAGCCAAGGAGCUCCAGGUAAUCCAGCUGGCUCUGAUUGGAGCAGCAGCAGCCCUGGUGCAGAGAGUGACGUGUUUUUAACUGUUUUGAAUACGUUAAGUAGUUAAUGUCAUGUGGAAAAACAUGUUACACUCUUCUUAGCUGGCAAAUGAAGCUGACUAUAUAGCAUACACAUAACAUUUUAUUAUAUAGUGUUAUUAUAAUGCUAUUAUUAUAUAAAAUAUUUUAGGUAGUGAGGAAUACGUUUUUCAUCAUGUUUUUAGUCCUUGUGUUUUGAACUGAAGUCUGACGACAUUUUGUCCAAUGCUGUGAUCGUUUAUCAUUGUUGACUUUUCUGAAUCCACGUAGAGUAAGAAGCUCGUGAGGCAUAUCAUGUGUGAGCCAUUGCUACCGGCAGCUCCAAGUAAAAUGACUCUAGAUUUUUCAUACCACUGAAUUUGCGUAUAUUGCCGCACAUUUGCAAAUUGCCAUAAAUUGCCAUGAACAUCCACAGCCACUUUGUCAGUUUCACAACUGCUAAUAAUGUGUUUCAAUGGUUUACAACUGGUGAGCUCCUGUUGCCCACCCUCUGCUAUUAACGGUAUGGAUGUCGACCUCUGUGGACCUUGUAUGACGUUUCCUGUAACCCUUGAUGAAACAUAGAUGUUCCCGUCAUGGCUUUUUCAUUGAGAUACUGAAAAAUGCUACUGUAAAUGUUCUAAGUUGAAUGCACUGUGUGUUUAAAAAAAAAACUAUAAUGGAUCAAUGAUCAGGAAAUGACUCUAUAAAAAGACAACAUAGUAUAUAGUGCAAUUAUAGUGAAAUGGUUGUAUGAUGCAUUUUUGGAAUUUUAUUUAUUUCAUACUUUGUCAUGUUUCAGAUGAUGAUUGGCUAUAAUUUUAACUGGUAUGGUGUUGUAAUGUAACCAUUAAAUUUAGAAAUGAAUGGUUUAAUGGUUAAGGUCGCUUGUACAUACACUUUGGCCCAUAUAAACUAUAAACCUUAACGUUUCUGUUGUAGCAUGGUAAUUGUGCGUCUGGAAGAAAACAAGUGGAUCGUUGAUCUGAUUUGCUGUUGUUGAAUAAAUGUUCCUGAACAUUG